AUGGAAAAAAAUAUAGCGAGCGGUGAACGAGCGAUAGUGCAAGAAUCGAUUGAUACGAUAAAUCAGAGCUUAUCCGCCCCAUCAUCGCCUAUUUCUGAUGGCAUCCCAUCCUUAAGAACGGAUGCUCAAUGCAUUCACAAGAAAACAAAGUGCGCUGAUGACAUCGCUUCACAAUACCUAAUGCGCUUGCACUGUAUCGUAGUAUAUGAAACAUUACCGCCUGAAGUGGUGCUUUAUUGA